CCAUUCCGCCGCACCAACUCAAACCAAAAGCAACGUACUGAAGACCUGUGAUUCUUCCAGGCGUUGCUCCGAUCACCCAAGCAGUUCGGUUAUCGUAACUUCAAUUAUAGUCUCUUCUUCAUUACAUGAUCUCUUUCCACUUCCAUGAUCACAAAACACUCGCCUCUCAUCCUUUUACUCGUUUUUCUCCUUCCCCUUAUCCCGGUUCAAUCAAACCGCCGCCACUGCCACCAAACAUGCCGUCCGCACCGCUCCCCCGAUGCCUUCCCCUACCCCUUUGGCUUCUCUUCCGGCUGCGCAAUCCGACUCAACUGCAACCCCUCUGCCGGAAUCCUCAUAGGAGAAUACCCGGUCCACUCCAUUAACUCCGAUACCAUAAUUGUCGGCGUCAAAUCCCGAUGCAAUCGCCCGUUUCAUACCUUCGGCCAACUCUUCAGCCAUAGAUACGCGCCCACGUCGCGAAACGCCAUCCUUUUGCAAAACUGCAGCAAAACGGUCUCCCCAUGCAUCAUCCCGGCGACCAUGGUGCAGACUAGAUUCGAGUCGAAAAACUGCAGCUCCGGCGGUGGCAAUUUGAGUUGCUAUUACGAAAACUCGACCGCUGAUUUCAUGAAUCUCCAGAAUUUAACAAACAAACACUGUACGUACCUCAUGUCUUCGAUAGCGGCUGAGGAUUUAAGGAACAACUCGGAUGUGAGUGCGGUGACAGCGGUAUCAUUGGAGGUUGAGACGAUUGAGCUCGGAUGGUGGCUGGAAGGAGAGUGCCAGUGUUCCAAGGAUGCCAAUUGUACGAGACUAAAAUCGCCGAUUGACAAGAAGCCAGGGUACCGGUGCCGUUGCAAGGAAGGAUUCACGGGCGACGGGUACUUGGCCGGAAGUGGUUGUCGGAAAGACUCUUCAACCUGCAACCCUGCAAAGUACAUGUCUGGCCAAUGUGGAGGGGCAACCAGAUUUGUUGUCUUGAUUGGAGGAAUGGUUUUUGGAGCUUCGUUAAUGAUCGGUUUGGGCCUAAUAUGUUGUUUCUUUAGGCGGCGCUCCAAAUUAAGAGUCACCAAGAGCACAAAAAGGCGCUUGACUGAAGCUACUAGCAAUUACAGCGUUCCUAUUUAUACCUAUAAAGACAUUGAGAGAGCCACGAAUAACUUCUCUGAGAAACAGAGGCUUGGAACUGGGGCAUAUGGGACUGUUUAUGCUGGAAAGCUUCACAAUGACAAAUGGGUUGCCAUUAAAAGGAUCAAAUAUAGAGACACUGACAGCAUCGAGAAAGUAAUGAACGAGAUCAAGCUCAUUUCCUCUGUGAGCCAUCCCAAUCUAGUCCGCUUGUUGGGUUGCUCUCUCGAAUACGGAGAACAAAUCCUUGUCUACGAGUUCAUGCCCAAUGGAACAUUAAAUCAACAUCUGUUGAGGGAGAGAGGGAUUGGGCUCCCAUGGUCGGUUCGACUCACUAUUGCUGCUGAAACAGCACGAGCCAUAGCACACCUCCACUCUGCCAUUGAUCCCCCCAUUUACCACAGGGACAUUAAGUCAAGCAACAUACUGUUGGACAACAAUUUUAGAUCCAAAGUGGCAGAUUUUGGUCUUUCAAGGCCUGGAAUGACCGAAAUAUCCCACGUUUCAACUGCCCCGCAAGGAACGCCUGGCUAUGUUGAUCCACAAUACCAUCAAGAUUUCCACCUUUCUGAUAAAAGUGACGUUUACAGCUUUGGGGUUGUACUUGUUGAGAUCCUAACAGGAUUGAAAGUGGUGGACUUUACUCGUCCCCAGAAUGCAGUGAAUUUGGCUUCUUUUGCUACGGACAGGAUAGGGAAGGGGCUUUUGUAUGAGAUUAUAGAUCCAUUCCUGGAAGCACAUAACGAUGAUUGGACACAUUUCUCCAUACACAAGGUAGCCGAGCUAGCAUUUCGCUGCCUCGCAUUCCACAGGGACAUGAGGCCUUCAAUGACAGAAGUGGCUGCUGAGCUAGAGCAGAUCAGACUGAGUAGGUGGACAACCUUUGAAGACAGCAAUCGAAUAGCCUCAACGGAGUUGUCCUCUUCUUCUCCUUCCUCUGAUGAGAGUGAGAAGCCUCUGAGUGUGAAAGAAAAUACGGUAGGACCGGAGGGCAAAGGGCUUCUCAAGUUGCAGACUAAGCCUGCCGCGUUAAACUUAAUGGAAAGGCCGAAGAGCUCUCCGGUCUCGGUGCAAGACCCAGAUUUUUGGCUGAGCGAACAAAGCUCUCCUUCAUCGAAUAGUUUGCUGAGUAAAAAAUCAUUCGAGUGACCUUAUGCGUCGGUAAACAUGACCCUGGUGGUCCCGCUUCCCAGUAUUGCUGUAGUUAAGAACUUAUAAUAGGAGACCGAUUCUGAUGUCGUUUUGAGGAGCAAGAUGAUCGUCUAUCCAACUAGGAUUUGGAUCC